AUGAAAAGAAUUCUCCUGUCUUUAAUUUCAAGUCAUAUUGAUUCUUAAUUCUAUAUAUAUAAAGUGGAUUAUAUUAAAUAUAAAAAGAUAAAUUAAAUUAAUUUGAGAGUAAAAAUUAAAUAAUUGAGGCAAUAAUGUCAAUUAUGUUCACUCUUAAAUUAAGAUUAAAAUAGAUAGUAUUCUAGCUUCGAUUAUCUCCUGUUGAUGAGAUAAUAAUUCGAAAACAAAUACUAUUAUACGUUUAUUGUAUUAUAUAUAAAGUUAUUGUGUAUGAUAAGAAAUUCUAAACUUGUGGAAAUGUGGGAAUUCGAAUUGAUAAGAAGAGUUAAGGGGAAAGAGCAGAGAAUUGAAAAGAAUACUGAAGAUAGAGGGAGAAGAUAAGAAAUGUAGAUUUGAA